UUGUUUUUUUUCAAGAUAUAAGGGGACAUUGGGUUCGUUCUGUUGUCCGUUUUCUCUUCCUCGGCAUCCAGCAUCAUCAACAACAUCAUCAGCAACACUUCACUUUUCCUUACUUUUUUUCCUUUGUUCGCUUCUUUCCUAUUUUUCCUUUGUUCAUUUCUGUUCAAUUAAGCAUUUUCCUACAUACGUUUCGCCUUUUGUUCUUUACCUAUCCACUCGCCCUGUCUCCUUUCUCCCUCGAUCUCCCAGAGACCAAACCCUCAAUCCCCCUCACCAGUCUUCACCAUGCGCUUCAGCUCCGUCUUCGCACUUUCAGCGCUGAUCCAGGCUGCUGUAUCCGCGCCUAUCCCCAGCGGCACCGGCACAGGAAAUGCCGUCAACGCCAUCACCGACGCCGCGACGGACAGUACGCCCCUCAAGGUCGCAACGGGGGUCACUGCAACCGGCGGUGCACUUUACGGAUUGACCGGCCAAGGCCUGGCCUCGGGGGUAGCAAACGGCCAGGCAGCCGUGGAAGCAGGCGAAAAGACCCAAGCCAUCGGGGAAGAGAUCGGCUCCCGCGAAACCCAGCUUGCCGGCCUCAAGGACAAACAGGCCGGCCGGAAAGUGGCGACGAAAGGCCAAACCGCGACAAAUUUGAAUCCGGUGAAAGGAUUUCAAGUCUGGAAGGAGGGAGGAGAUGUCCGGAGGAAGGCCGAGGGGAACCUCGAGAAUGCGGAGAACGACAAGGCCGGCAUCCCGCGACCGGGCGCCAGCGGGUGCAAGCGGAGUCUUGGAAGCGCGUGUAAUAAUCCGGCCCUGGCGUCGGGUUCCAGCGGCAAUCCUAGCGCUGCUGCUGCUGCUGCUGCCAAGAAUGGUCAAAAUGCUGCCCCGGCUCAGAAGCCCGCUGCUGCUGCUGCCCUGGCUCAGAAGCCCGCUGCUGCUGCUGCCCUGGCUCAGAAGCCCGCUGCUGCUGCUGCCCUGGCUCAGAAGCCCGCUGCUGCUGCUGCCCUGGCUCAGAAGCCCGCUGCUGCUGCUGCCAACAAGAUUCCGCCGGUUCGAAGCGGCCCCGUCAAGCCUGCAGGAAAAGGUCGCGUCUGAAAGAAGCGCUCUGGGGAUAUCUUGGUGUGUGGUUAUUGAUUGAUUGUGGAGGUAAAGGAGUUGGGAUGGCUACAUGGGAAUCAUGGUUCUUGGUUUCGAGCAUAUGGUGUUAUUGGGUCUUUUUGUGCAGUUCUUCGGGUUUGCAUCAUCAGAAAAAUACCAUCUAGUUUUGUUUUUUUCGACAUAAAUCGUCACAUGUCUUCAAAGCACGGGACGUGACAAAACUAGAAAUUAUUCAAAGUUGGCGGGGACGCCCUAAGCAAGCCCCCAAGAUAAAAAGCACGCGCAGUCAACAACAAACAGUAGUCUUACCGGGCGCUCCAUAUACUUGAUUAGUUGUACAUUUCUCCGGCCAAUUUACCAAAAGGUUAAUGGUAAGACGUCGGAUUUUAACGGUGGGUGGACACUGGAAUGGAAGAUCUCGCUUUAUCCCUUUGUUAAAAAAGGGUAAAAAAGCGGCAAGUCUUGCGUCGGCCUAAUAUUUUAACAUCUAGAACCUGUAAAUUAAACAGUUAAUAGUGCUGGUGCAUUCUGAAUGUACUAAAUGUCCGC